AUGUAUGUGAAAUGGUUUGAUACAGUAAUGUUUUACUAUGUGAUUUUAGUGAAUGUCACUUUUUGUCAUUUUCAAUUUUCUCGCCGUUCCGUCCCCCCAUACGUCCCGACGCUCGCAGGGGACGGAACCCAGAUGACAGAUGCCGGCAUCCACCGGAUUACAUUGCUGGGGACACUGCAGGAGGGACAUCGCGGGAGCGCAGGACAAGGUAAGUGAGUGAUCGAAGGGAUCACGGAGCAGCGCCGCAUGGUAAGCCCCAGUGUAGCUCGGGGUUACCGCUUGUGCUACACUCGGGAAUACCGCCAGAGAGGUUA